AUGUUUACCGAACAACCGACGGAACUUGUAAAUUUAAAGAAAAGGUUUAAGUCAUCUAAAUUAGAAUCUCGAUUAUCAGAUCUCACAUUUGAAUCAUUUAAAUUACGUGAAGAAGUAUAUAAUGCAUUAAGACAAGGAGCAUUGAAAGAUGUCAAACCUUUCUUACCAACAGAAAUUCAAGCGAUCUGGAAAACUUUGGCAUAUUUACUACCGAUUGUGAAUAAAUUAAAGGAGGAAGAAGCACACUCAACAUCCUACACACGAGAAGAGAUCAAUACAGAAAUACUUAAGGUACCGACUGAGGAAGGAAAACCACAAUACGUUGAUAGGUUCCAAAAGGAAUUAGAACAAGAAUUACAACUUAAAACAGUAGUAAAAUCAACAGCUAGAAGAUUCAAUCGCCCUCGAGUAAUUAUUCUUUUGCCAUCACGAGAGCUUGUUGACCAAAUAUUAUCAGUUGCAAAGCUUAUGUCACAUUAUGCAAAACUCCGAGCAAUUGCAGUAACAUCAAAUAAGGAUCGUAGAUUUGUCAAGAAAACUUUAGAAAUGCCAGUUGACAUAGUAAUAGCAACCCCAGCAGGACUUUUAGAAUAUAUUGAGCUAGGAUUUAUUAAUAUUGCAGAUACAAAAUACGUUGUUAUUGACGAAGCUGAUACAAUGUUUGGUAAAGGGUUUGGAGAAGAAGUUCAAGAUAUUAUUACUAAAGUAAAAAAUUCGGGAAAAAAUCAAACCAGAUCAUACCAAAUAAUUAUAGUAUCUGCAACGAUACCUAAACCUGUGAAUGAAAUGCUUAAUCGGGAAUUUCCUAAUAUUAAAAGCAUAACUAGUCAUUCACUUCAUAAAGCUUUACCUAAUAUUAAACAUAAUUUUAUUGACAUGAAAAAUUAUAAUUAUAACAAGAGCGCAGCAAUUUUAGAAGUUUUAAAAAAACAUUAUACGGAGGAACAUAGCACAAUGAUAUUUUGUAAUACUCGUGUGAGUGCUUAUGCAUUAGAAAGUUUUUUGAAAACAAAAAAAUUUCCAGUAAUUGGACUAUUUGGAGAUGUAAAUGAACGUACCACAAAACUUGAAGCAUUUCGUAAUCAGGAACCCAAUUCUAAAAUUUUAGUUUGUACAGAUCUUGCUUCUAGAGGAAUUGAUACAACUUUUGUAAAUCAUGUGAUUCUUUAUGACUUUCCAACCACGGUU